GAGUUCAUCAGCAUUAACCCAAAAAGAGAAAAAAUAAGGAAGACCGCCAUCCUCAAACAUAAAAAUCAGAGGGGAGGGCCAGACUAGGAUUAGGGUUUUCAGAUUUAUUUACAGUGGAUUAGAUUGCAGAAACAAUGGCGGGCGUUGCUUCUUGCUCAAGGUUGUUUUCGGGAAAUUCAAAGCGCUUUUUGUUACGCUAUUCUCAUCGUAAUAAUUCAACUAUCAAUAUCUGCAAUGGAAGAGAAUUGGGAAUCGCUCGCAACCUCAACAUCACCAGAAGGAUCCAUUUUUUUAGACAUUUGAACAGCUUUCUAUCGGAUUCGCCUCCCUCCUAUCGACCACCUUCCCCUUACCACCGACACCCUGAACAGAGUUGGACGCUCAAAGGAUACGCACUCUUCUCCACAUCUACUGCUGGUGAUGUAACGGCAACAAAACAGGUUGGAAAGAAAAAUCAAGCAAAAGUUGUUUCGGAUGAACAUGCCGCUGAUAUGAAAAUCCUCCGCACUCUUGCUAAGUACUUAUGGUCGAAAGACAACCCGGAAUUCCGUUUCAGGGUGAUUAUGGCCUUGGGUUUCUUGGUUGGGGCUAAGGUUCUAAAUGUCCAGGUGCCUUUUUUAUUCAAGCUUGCUGUUGAUUGGUUAACGACCACAACUGGAAAUGCUACUGCUCUUGCUUCCUUUACUACUGCUAAUUCAACUGCUUUGGCUUUAUUUGUGAGCCCAGCUGCUGUUUUAGUUGGAUAUGGGAUAGCUCGUUCUGGGGCUUCUGCUUUUAAUGAAUUGCGGACCGCUGUGUUCUCUAAGGUGGCAUUGCGAACAAUUCGAUCAGUAUCCAGGAGGGUGUUUUCGCAUUUGCAUGAUCUUGAUCUUCAGUAUCAUCUGAGUCGAGAGACAGGUGCACUAAAUCGAAUAAUUGAUCGGGGUAGCCGUGCAAUUAACUUUAUUCUCUCAUCAAUGGUAUUCAAUAUUGUACCUACCAUCUUAGAGAUUUCGAUGGUAGCAGGUAUUCUAGCAUACAAAUUCGGAGCAUCUUUUGCAUGGAUAACUUCGCUAUCAGUUGCUGCAUAUGUUGCUUUCACAUUAGCUGUAACACAGUGGAGAACUAAAUUUAGGAAGAUCAUGAAUAAAGCCGAUAAUGAUGCAAGUACAAGGGCAAUUGAUUCACUUAUCAAUUAUGAGACUGUGAAAUAUUUCAACAGUGAAGCUUUUGAAGUUGAGAAGUAUGAUGAACUCCUAAAGAGGUAUGAAGAUGCUGCCUUAAAAACGCAACGCAGUCUUGCUUUUUUGAACUUUGGCCAAAACUUAAUAUUUAGCACCGCCCUAUCAACAGCUAUGGUGUUAUGUUCACAUGGGAUUAUGAAUGGCGAGAUGACAGUUGGUGAUUUGGUUAUGGUGAAUGGGCUUCUAUUUCAGCUAUCUCUUCCACUCAACUUUCUCGGCAGUGUGUAUCGUGAAACUAUACAAAGUCUUGUUGACAUGAAAUCCAUGUUUCAAUUACUUGAGGAGAGGCCUGAUAUUAGGAAUGCAGAUGAUGCAAAGCCUUUGAAGUUAAGUGGGGGGAGCAUUCAAUUUAGCAAUGUACACUUCAGCUACCUGACAGAGAGAAAAAUUCUUGAUGGAAUAUCUUUUGUUGUACCAGCUGGAAAAAGUGUGGCUAUUGUUGGAACCAGUGGCAGUGGCAAAUCAACCAUUCUUAGAUUGCUUUUCAGGUUUUUUGACGCUCAAUGUGGAACUAUAUGUAUAGAUGGAGAAGAUAUUCGAAAGGUUACUCUUGAAAGUCUUCGAAAAUCUAUUGGUGUUGUGCCGCAGGAUACAGUACUUUUCAAUGAUACAAUAUUCCACAACAUUCAGUAUGGUCGUCUUUCAGCAACCAACGAGGAGGUGUAUGAUGCUGCUCGACGUGCAGCAAUUCAUGACACUAUCAUGAAUUUCCCUGAGAAAUAUUCAACUGUUGUGGGAGAACGGGGGCUCAAGUUAAGUGGUGGUGAGAAGCAGCGCGUGGCGCUAGCUCGUGCAUUCUUGAAAGCACCUGCCAUUCUACUUUGUGAUGAAGCUACGAGUGCACUAGACAGCACAACAGAGUCAGAGAUAUUAAAUGCACUGAAGACAUUAGCAAAUAAUCGAACUUCAAUCUUUAUAGCACAUAGACUUACAACUGCGAUGCAGUGUGACGAGAUUAUUGUUCUGGAGAACGGGACGGUGAUUGAACAGGGACCACAUGAAGUUCUAUUGUCGAAGGCAGGAAGAUAUGCUCAGCUGUGGGGCCAGCAAAAUAAUUCUCCUGACGGAGUCGAUCCCACCAUUAAAUUGGAGGCGUGAAUUUCUUUCCCUCCCCACUCCUUCCCUCCCAAAUUUCAGAUGUUUACAUUUCCCAUCAUUUUUGGCCUUUAUGUGUCGAUGAACUGACAUUGAAAGAAUCACUUAAUUUAUCGAAUGUUAUUAGCACUUAUAUUAUCCAUCAUCAGAAACUUAUAACAACUCUAGUGCUGUAAGCUCUAUGCCUUUACUCUUUGACUGGAUCAGAAAAAAGGUUCAGAAGAUAAUGGCAGCCAGUGUUAAAAUGGUGGUGGACUGCAUUUGGAUCCUGUAAUAAAUUUUGGCAUUGAAGCUCUGAAAUGGUUCAAAGGACAGGUACUGAAUUUAGCAA